GUUCGACAAGAGGUCAUUAAACCAGGCGUCAACUCCCUUCCCGAGCUACCAAGCGUAGGUGAAAUGGGCAAGGGUAUCGCGUCGCAUCGAGACCAUGAUAAUCGCGGCGAGCAUGAAGUGCGUAUGAUAGGGGUCAUAACAGAGGGCGUCUCAGGAAAGGGGGAGCAAGAAGGUGUCCUGGAGCAAACGGAAGGGACUGAAGGUCACCCAUCCGCACUGAAGCUCAUAGCAGAACUAGAGUCCCAACGGUUGAAGGAUUUUGAACGUAGCGUGCAGGCAAUGGAGGCAGAGCUUCAAGAGAUAGCCAACCCGGAAGACCCCACCGUGAAGCUGUGUGAAGAACUUCCAGGCGUCACGAAUGAGGACGGCUGGAACAAGGAGGGCAGGGAUGGGAUCUUAGUGCCGAACUUGGUGUGUGGUCCGUCCUGUUGUGGGCGGCAGCGCAAGGACCCGUGGGCAUGCUCUUCGAGUGACCCCCUGGUCAUACGAGAAAGCUUCCUGGCCGUCCAAGAUCUUCUGCUGUGGUCUAUUGCCUCCACUGCAAAGGGCCAAGCCAUACCCUUUUUGAAGGUCUGGAGGGAAUUCCAGCAUUGGGCUAAGGUUGAUAGGUCAAUGCUCGCAACCAAGUUUCAGCCUCCACCUGAGGAGGAGAAGGGGGGAGAUGAUGAUCCCUUCAAAGAGCUGCCGGGAUCUCCUGGUGAGUACGAGCCUACUGACCCAGGAGGUGAAGCAGACUGUGCGUUACUUCAGGACGCUGACGACCUGUUCGAUUCCCCAAACUUGCGCGUAGAAGCGAAGGCGCUCGACACCCAGCUUGGUUCAGAGAUAAGAGAUUCCCCCAUAAGUGUAGAGCCGUCCGAAAGGGUCCAGGGCUUAGAAGAGGAAUAUGAGUGGUUAGAGGACGAUAAACUGGACCAGGAGUUAGAAAAGAUUCGGUCAAGGGUGGAUUUGGUCACCUUGCGAUUCUUCGUAGGUACAGAGUUUGCCUCAGAUACCCUUGCUCGAUGGCUCCCAGGAGCCCAUAAGGAGCUCCUUACGCGUUGGGUGAGAGCCGCCUAUGGAGCACCCCAUCUCACCGUUACGGAUGGCCAUGUUCUCAUUACCUCUGUUCUUGAGGGAGCAGUGCCACCACCAAUCCAGGAGGUUGAAGGUCCUGAGGACACACCUGCAGAGGAGGAGGCACCAGGCAUUAGGUCCAAGAUAGCAGAUGCGGACUCCCCAGCAGAGUGGGCGAACUAUCACGCCGUGCGUAAGAAUCCCGAUUGGGUUGUUGUGGGAUACUCCCCUUUAGGCGUGCACAAGCUUGAGGAGGAGGCUACGCCCGAGGAGGAGCCACCUGAAGUAGUCCACGUCGAAGACACAUACUACCAUGGGUAUUGGGAAGAUGAGUGGGUAAGCACCUUUGAUCCUUGGGAGGAUGGGUGGACUCCACAGCCGACUUCGCCACAUGUGACGCCACCAGAUGAAAUAGGAGCCUCCAUGGGCUCAAGCUCCAACACCAGCCCAGAAUCUAGGCCACAGUUAGAUGUGCAUUUUCCUCCCGUGAUAACUGCACUGGAGCAGGAUGAGAGGGAGGGAGGGCCCGACCUGCAGGUAGUUCACCAGGUUUCUCCUGCAGAGGUAAAGAGGAAGGUUCGCAUUGUCAGCUGUGGCAAUUACGCAAAGGGAGUCUCGGAAGACGUACUGUACGCAUCCGGGGCGGCAGCGGAAACCUUGAGAAUUGCCCUCGUCAGGCCUCCAGCUAUUCUCAUAGUGCUAGGCAUAUGUGAGCCUGACGAAGUCUGGGAGGCGAUGUGGCAAGACUACAACAGACCACCAGCGACGACAACCUCUGGAAAAUCUUGGGGAGAGACGGCUCGAUACUUGGAUAUGUACUUGUCUAUGUGGACGAUCUACUGA